AUGGCAUCCACAAUGGCCUCACACACAAUGUCCUCUCCCCUCAUUUGCCACUCAUCUCUCCCUCACCGAACCCACACCGCUUCUCUGUCUCCGCCACGAUCCACAACGGCCUUGUCAUCUCAAAACUCUGCUUCCAUCUCCAGAUCACUCAUUGUAUCCACUCCCCAAUCCAAGAAGAAGAAGAAGAAUUGUAGCCUUUUUGUAAAUAACUGUUCUACAGCAAAUGACAAUGAAACUACAACCCAAGAGGUUCCCAUUGAAUUGCAGUAUCCAGCAUUUCCCUCUGUGAUGGAUAUCAAUCAGAUUCGCGAGAUUUUGCCCCACCGCUUUCCUUUUCUAUUAGUGGAUAGAGUGAUUGAAUACAAUCCAGGAGGUUCAGUUGUUGCUACUAAAAAUGUAACAAUAAAUGACAACUUCUUUCCUGGGCAUUUCCCUGAGAGACCUAUUAUGCCUGGUGUCCUCAUGAUUGAGGCAAUGGCACAGGUUGGUGGCAUAGUUAUGCUGCAACCAGAAGUGGGAAUACCCCGCGACAACUUCUUCUUUGCUGGAAUCGACUGUGUCAGAUUCCGGAAGCCAGUUGUUGCAGGCGACACGUUAGUGAUGAGAAUGACACUUGUCAACCUGCAGAAACAGUUCGGAGUAGCGAAGAUGGAAGGGAAGGCAUAUGUUGGAGGGAAGUUGGUAUGUGAGGGUGAAUUUUUGAUGGCUAUGGGUAGUUAGUUAAAUGAUGCCUUAAAACUGCUAUUUCCUUCCCUUUAUUGUAUUUUUUUUUAGCAUAGCCUUUUGCUGAUGUUAAGAUUUAUGAGCAUUUGUCUUCUCAACACAAAAACUCACAUAUUUAUGGUAUGACAAAAAGUAAAAGUUAUUUUUUAUUUUUUUAUUCAAUAAGAAAAAGCUUA